AAGGAGGCACUUUUAAUGGAGUCUAAAAUGUCCCCGAAUCAAUAAAAAGAUGACAAUUAUGUGAAAAGUACAGCCAUCAACAUACACACUUAGCGAUCAAUCAGGAAUUGGUCCUUGAUAAAGCGCCCUUCCUGUAUUUGGUUGAUGUAUACCAAAUACAGGAAGGGCCAAGUUCCAUUUUCAUGAUAGCUGGAAAGAGGCUAGACGUAAUGGUGCACAUUGAAGAUACAAUGGAUUUUUACAUGGGGAGCGACUGGUGCGUGCGUCUAUCCGAGGGACUGAGUCGAUUUUCUGUAAACGGAGAGCAGGGAUGGGGCGUGUGCCAGACUCUCACGGGGUUUACUGGGCAUCGGUUGGUUCCUGCCACAUUACCGGUGCCAAAGCUGUACAGGGAACCAGAUAUUGCCUCAAUGACAAGCCAGAAACCAAUGAUAUUACCGCUGACGGCGAGUUCGUGUCAAGUGUCUAGCCUGACAGGCGGGAAGGGAUCCCAACUGGCCAAGCUUGUGGCCCUGCGGAGACAGCAACCUGUCGAGUAUGAAGUUCCGUCUGGGUUCUGUAUUACAACAGCUGCCUUUCGGAUGCAUCUACGGAAUAACGACGCAUUGCAGAGAGCCGUGACGGAACUGAAGGAAGUGUCAUGCACCUUACAAGAGGGCGACCUCAUGGCAACAUGCGAAAGGACCACUGCUCUGAUUGCUAAAACGGACAUCUCAGAUCGUCUGAAGGCUGAAAUUGAUGGAAUGGUAGCUGAGAUAUUUGACGAUGCGGAGGGCUCGAAGAUGUACGCCGUGCGCUCUUCAGCAGUCGGUGAGGAUACCUCACUUACCUCAGCUGCCGGCCAGAUGGACACAUUCCUUGGAAUUAACGGCAUGGAAAAGGUAUUUGAAGCGAUCCCGAAAUGUUGGGCGUCAAACUUCUCAUUCCAAGCCGUUCAGUAUCGAAGGCAGUACGGCCAAGCAGUGGACGCAGCCAUGGCGGUAGUUGUCCAAGAAAUCGUCACCGCAGAAAGCGCGGGUGUUGCUUUCAGCCGUGAUCCUAUGACCGGAAACCCAGCAAAAAUCGUCAUCAAUUCCAACUACGGAUUAGGAGAGUUGGAUGAGUGCUUCUCUGAUGCUCGGGACAUCGAAUGGGCUGUCGUGGGUGAUACGAUCUAUUUACUUCAGGCUCGUGCCGUAACGACCUUUAACGUGCCAUCGCGCUACGAACUCUUGCACGAGUUCGACAGUGGUCUACCGCUGGACGACAUCUGGAUGAGUACAGCAAAUAUACAGGAGAUGUGUCCGGGUGCAGUCUCGCCUCUAACACUUUCCAAUUUCUUUGUCGACUGUGAUGUUAUAGACCAUGUGACGAGUGUUCUAGCAAUCAAAAGGCCGAUUUCAUGUCCGGCUGUUCGAAAUAUUCUGGUCGGCUACAAUCAUGCGUUUCUUUCCCUCACAAAUAUCGUGUCAAUGUUCAUAAGAAUGACACCACUGCAGGACAACCAAUUUGGUGGAAUGCUCUAUGGGCAGGCAUUUGACAAGGACUGUAUAAUCAAGGGGAAACAGUUGAACGAGCCUCAUCUCCCUGCGUGGCGCAUGAGACUUAACGGGUUCCGGUUUAUGCUGCGAAUCUUGUUCACGCGGUCGACGUUGGAGCGAGAGUUUGCUAAGGCGGUGACCCACUUGACAAGGCGCUGGGAAACAGCGCAAGAGCAGUAUGACGACAUCUGCCGGUACCCCAAUGAUCGAAGCGAGAUACUCGAGUACCAUGCCAUGGAGACGCACAAGUCGGCCAUUCUUCAGCAAGUGGUGGGAUCACUGAUCUCGAAGUAUACAGACGAGAACUUACUUCCAUCUCACAUUGCACUUCUGCUGUCCUCGUGUCCGGAUGUAGAAAGUGCAAAGGUUCCGUUAGCCAUGGAGACAGUCGCUAAGGCCAUUCUGAGAGAAGGGAAGAACAGCUCUUUUCAGACAAUGGCUCCCCUUGAAGCUCUGCAAUGGCUACAGUCGCCCUCCAGCGGCGAGGCUGGGACAGCCUUCUCUGACUUUCUCCGGCGUCACGGUCACAGAUGCGUGAGAGAGGUGGAAUUACGAGACAAAUCCUGGAGCAUGGAGCCCCUUCAAGUGAUACCGUCAUUGCAAGCGAUUCUUGCGUCAGGUUCCCACAAAGCGUCCGAAAAGAAAACGGUAUUGAGUGCGGCUGAAGCAGUGAACCAGCUGGGAUUAGCGAUUCCAGCGCUCCUCAGGAAAAUUCUUGUUACGUACCUCGUGCCAAAAGCCAGGGAGGGUGUGGCUGCUCGAGAAUCUGGAAAGUCCAAGUUUAUCAUGAUCAACCAUCGUCUCAAAGAAGCAUACUGGAGACUUGCAAACCUGAUGGUUAAAGAGGGCCGCCUUCCAGACGAGGACUUGCUGUUUUUCUUCACUCCCAAUGAGAUCGGUCGGUUCCUUCGAGACCGUUCACCAGCCCUGGUAGCAAGGGCACUUCGUAGACGCCGUUUGCUUCCGGAGAUGAAUGGACUCAGGUUUAAGCUGGUGUUUUCUGGUCGACCGGAGCCGAUUUUAGAGGAAGAAGACGUUGCGACCGAAUUUAAACUGGAAGGAACUCCCAUCAGUCAGGGGACUGUGAAGAGCACAGCCAGGGUGGUCACGUAUCUUAAAGAUGCCAACAACAUCAAGAAAGGUGACAUUUUGAUCACCCGUAUCACGGAUAUCGGUUGGAGUCCAUACUUCCCGCUCAUCAGUGGACUGGUCACCGAGAUAGGGGGCGUCCUCUCUCAUGGCGCUGUUGUGGCUCGUGAAUACGGCAUACCGUGUGUGGUGAACGUGCAGCGAGCGACAAGAGUCUUCAAGUCAGACGAUCUAAUCGUCUUGAACGGCGGUCUGGGAACAGUGGAGAAAAUAGGAACACCAAGUGAAGUGCCUCCAACUGCUUCUACAGAGAAGGCCUAACUGUGACCACACGAGGUCU